AUGAGUCGUAAAGCGGAGUUAAUUAUCACCGCCGCGACGGACAAAAUCGCUCGCACUCACGAGAACUUGUUGAAGCUGGGCGCUGCCAAAAUCACUGUCGGCGCCGUGGAGGCGCGCCUGCAGUCCUUGGAAAGGUAUUGGACCAAAUUUGACGCACACAACGACGAGCUACUAAAUUACCUCGACCAAGUCGCCGAUUCGGAGUACAUAAAGCUCGACAUACCUGCUCUGGCUGAGGAAGCCUAUUUCGGUAAUAAAAGUCUGCUGUUAGACCUCCUACGUAGCCUCAAGACUGAGGAAAAGGAAGCAGCUACGAAGGCGUUAGGGCCGUCCUCGCAAGCUCCUCGCACUACUCUUCCAAGGAUCCAGCUGCCUCAUUUCUCCGGAAAGUACGAGGAUUGGCCAGCUUUCUGCGACCUUUUCCAGUCUCUAAUCGGAAAGGACACCCUCACGUCAUCAGUUGAGAAGCUCCAUUACCUGAAGGCGUGCCUGAAAGGAGAAGCAGAAUUGUUAAUCCGAAGCCUGCCUACGACAAGUGAGAACUUCGAGCGCGCAUGGGACGUUCUCAUUGCCUACUAUGAGAACAAGCGGCUCCUGGUGCGCAGUUACAUCUCUCAGUUUACGUCACUCCAGAAACUGAAGAACGAGUCGAUGGUAGAGCUACGCCAGCUCUGUCACAGUGUGAAGAGCACCGUGGGCUCACUGGAGAGCAUUGGGCGCUCGAUCACGAAGGACGAGGACCUCUUUGUGCACCUCAUGGUCGAUCUGCUCGAUCCUCGUUCUCGUCGCGAGUGGGAGAACUUCAUAAGUGAUUCAAACGAUCCACCUUCAUAUGAUAAGCUGCAGCUCUUCUUGGAUCGUCGGUUGCACACGUUGGAGUCGUUGCAGCCAGUCAAGAUUGAAGCCAUCUCUUCCAAGCCGAAUCCGAGUCCGACACAGAAGACUCGCGCUCUCCACGCACGUAAGCAGGACGGUAAACGAGGUCGCUGCUCCCUAUGUAGUCAGGACCACUACAUAAUGUUCUGCGAACUCUACCAGAACAAGACGGCGUAG